GUGGAUUUCCCUUACCAGGAGAAGUUAGUGGGUUAUAUUCGGGGCUACAUCCGUCGCUUCUGGCAGGGCAGCACCGACCACCGGGGUGUCCCGGGCAAGCCUGGAAGAGUUGUCACACUUGUUGAAGAUCCUGAGCUCCUUUAUCUUCUUGAGCAGUGCCCUGGAACAAUGCAGCAGCUCCCACACUAAGACCAGAAUUUUCCAUCCCCUUUGGCAUCGGGCAUCAUGGUGGACGUGAGCAAAUAAUAUGGCGGGAAAGCCAAAAAUCGGGUUCAAGACGUCAUUAGACUAGUUUGCGAUCAUCCGUUCCACCUGCUGGACAUCAGGAAUAUCAUUUUAAUACAUCUAUGUAAUUAUAAUCCCUGCUCACCGGAAUCAUCCUCCUGGGCUGGAUCUUCGAGGAACACUGACGUGUUUCGUAACAGCAUUUAAAAUGUCUGCACCUGCUGAGCUGAACUUCGAGGGGAACUUGGAGGGCCUUGUAUGGGGUGUGGUGUAUAAACUUCCAGAUGGAAAGGAAGAGGAGGUAAAGGAAUAUCUUGACUUUCGAGAAAAAGAUGGUUACAGGACUAUUACAGUUACAUUUUAUCCUAAAGAUACUUCAAUAGAUCCUUUCCCUGUGAUGCAAUACAUAGGAACAUGUGAUAAUCCCAAUUACUUGGGCCCAGCGCCCUUGGAAGACAUGGCUUUGCAGAUUUCAAGUGCUGUUGGGCAAAGUGGAAGGAACACGGAGUACUUAUUUGAACUUGCUGACUCCAUACGCAAGCUUGUUCCAGAAGAUACAGAUGAACAUCUCUUUUCAUUAGAGAAAAUGGUCAAAGAGCUUUUAGAAAGAAAUGGAAAAAAUAACUGUAUAUAAAGGAUUGUUGCAAUAAAACAGGGCUAGAUCAGAGACUGUCUUCACCUUAACCCCUUUUUACUCUUAAUUUAUUCUUGCUGUAUCACUAUUUUUGCUGACAAUGCCCACCAAAACAUAGGGGUAUUAAAUGCAAUGCUGAUGACCUUAGUGUGAUAUUUUAAAAGUAUGUAUGCAUCCAUGUAUUCUCUGUAUCAAAAUGUGUUCUCUCAUUAUUUAACCAUGGUCCUUAGCAAAGUCAUGCUUAAGCUGGAGGCAUACUUUGGUUAUAGAUUAAACCCAAGAAUAGUUUGCACUGCAUAUUUAGGUAUUGGUAAUAUUUUUAUUAUUACCAUAAAGUCUAAGUGGAGAAGUCAAAUUUCAACUUGGCAUGCUUAUAUUAUUAUCCAGUAAAAUGUCAUUCACAUGGAUGCUGUCUGCCUGUCUUGUUGCUGGAAACAGCAGCCAUCCAGGGAUUGAAAUCAGUGUUUUAAAGUACAAUAGAUGAACAACGGAAUGCAGAAUUAGUCCCAGAAGUUGAUCUUGUAUGUAGAACAUCUGAUAAUCAAAGCAUUUGUACUGUGAUCAUUGCACUUCCCAGCAGAAUCUGGAGAACACUUAACUAAAAUGAGAAAAUGCUGGAAAUAUUCAGUAGCAUCUUUGGAAAAAGCAGAGUUAAGGUUUCAGGUCGAUGACCUUUCAUCAGAACUGGAGAAGGUUAGAGAUGUAACAAUCUUUAAGCAAUUUCAGUGGCGGGGAAAGGGAAGGAAAGGACAACAGGGAAGGUAUGUGAUGGGGUGGAAGACAGGAGUGAUUAAAUGACAGAAAGGGAUGAUGGUGCCAGGCAAAAGGGAGUGGUAAUGGGACAAGCGCAUUAGAGCAGUGACCACAAUUUGCAAUAUCAUAACAGUAACAAUAUUUUUUAAAAAGUGCUUCCUUAGCUGUAAAAUGGUUUGGAACAUACUGAAGUCAUGAAAGGUGCUAUGUAAGUGCAACAUUUUUCUUUUUUUCAUGCGCCUUUCACCAGCCCCUUUUCGCACCAUCAUCCCAUUUUCAUUAUUUAAUCACUUCUGUUUUCCACCCUAUAAAAGACCAUUCCACCUCUUCCUUCUCUAGACUUGCUUAAAAACUGUUACGUCUCUAACAUUUUCCAGGUCUGAUUUAAGGAUACUGAUCUGAAACAUUAACUUUUUUUUUCUCUCCUCCGAUACUGCCUGACCUGCAGAGUAUUUCCAGCAUUUUCUACUUUUAUUUCAGAUUUCCAGCAUUGGCAGCAUUUUCCUUUUGUACUCCAGACCACAUGUUGAAUAUUCUAGGUGUUUAGUCUAAGUCAAACUAUAAAAUGUCCGAAUUGCACUCAAGCUUGUGUAUGUGGUUUAUGAAUAUCUGCCUCUGUGCACUAUAUCGAUAUGCCGAUUUUUUGUCAAAUACUUCAAUGUUUGGAAAAGGUGAGAUUGCAAGCUACAGUACAAUAAGCCAUAAUUAUUUUCGUACUGUAAAAGCUAUCAAUAGAAAUACGUCGUUUUUAGUUAGUUUUAAAUUCAAAUAGAAGUAAGUCAGAGUUUUGACAUUCACUGGAAACUCCAUUUAAAUCGAGAUUGCUCUAAGGCACCAUUGUAAUUCACAUUUGUCAAGCUGCUGUUGUUUAGAAAGUGUGAUUCUAUGUUUCAUGAAUGUAAUCUAAAGUAAUAUCGUCAUUGAACUUCAUUUAUCAGUUUUGAAUGAACCUCAAAUAAACAAUAAGCCAUUUUUAAAAUAAAGACAAAUGUGAUAC